UGGGAGCGCGACAGUGCGCCCUAGGACUCAAAUACUGUGGCAUGUUUACCGACGUGAGUUUUCCUGAUCCGACUCUUGUUUGGAGCUCGUCUCUCUUGCAUUGGAAUAGUACAAGAGAUAAGAAAAAUAAUCAGAAUCUAUGAUCUCGGUCCCUUUGAUGAAAACAGUCCCAUUUUACCCUCUUGACUUCAUGAUUCAAUUGGGUAUAGACAGUCUAUUCGCCAGAGAUGUCCACCGCUGCAACUCCAACCAACCCCUCUCAGUUAACAUCGGAUCAACUCACGGUCAUUGUGGCAGCAUUUUCAGGUCUGGUGUUCUUUGUGGUGAUCGUGGUGCUGCUGUCCAUAUACCGGAAAGAACCUCACUGCUGCAAGGACACCCAUGGAGACAUGGAUGCCCCUCCUCAGUACUACAGCAGCAGACAGACACUGGUGGGAAACCCCUGUCUGGAACAGACUCAUGACAUCAUACACGACAACACACACUCACAGUCAGGGCAGCUGUUCCUUAUCGGCAUGCCCUCCAGCUACCGCCUGCCCUCCCUGGAGGCGCCCCUCCCCAGGCUGCCCUCCUACGAGAGUGUCAGGAAGAAGGACCGCCAGAGACAGAUACACAUGAUGAUCGCUGACCGUUUCGGCCUCAACGGCGCCAUGCUGACUGAGCCCCCUCCAACGUAUGAGGAGAGCACCCGCCACUCCAUUGAAGUGCCCUUUGACAUUCUGGGGUCUGUAAUAGACGCCCCUCAUCCCCAGAACAUUUCCCCUCCGCACCCUGGCACAGACUUUACCACUCAGUCAGAAGUAACCACUCAGUGCCCAUCCACUCAGGAUGCCAACAGUGCCACCCUACCAGUCUGAAUCCUCAGACUCGCUACUGACACACGAUGACAAGGACAACUGGAGUAUUGAUGCUUUUUAUCCACCUUGAUGUGCCAAACUGGUCAGAGGAUAACAGACAGGGGAAAUGCACACAUUCUCAAUAGGUUGAAUCAGAUCCAGCAGCCAAUGGGUUGACUGUACUGUAGGAACAUCCUGCAGUGACAGUAUGCUGGAAGAUAGUGACCAAAGAUGGUGAAAUUCUACAUUGCGGGUUACUCCAUACUGACAAACUUGAAUGUCUAAACACCUCUUGUCAGUUGUGAUUUUAAACUGGAGCCUAAAUAAGAUUGGUGAACUGGCAAGACUUGGAUUACCAUUCUUCAGUGAAAAGGGAAACUGUCCUGUAGAUGACCAAUACCAUGACUAUAUAUGUCUGAGGUGGCAGGUUCUAAUGCCAAAGGUAGAAAGGUAGAAAGACACUCCAUGACAAAUGUGCUGCUGAAAAACAAAGACUAUUUUGCUGUGAACAGAAAAAGCACCAAAAAGGGAAGAACGAUCUUUCGAUUUAAAAUAAAUGUUUCUCAUAUUUUCUACAUUUAAUCAUGGUAACCCCUUUUGAUCAUUUUAUGGAUUAAAGCAAUCUGGAUUAUUGUUUUUUUGGGGAACUGUGUUGUAGCAAGUCCUUUUCUGAGUAAAAUCACUCUCCUCUUUUAGUGCAAUGUACGAGCCAAAAACGUAUAAGCGUGAGAUGUAAAAUGCUCAUAUGUCCUACCCUGCUGAGCUUGGGUUGUACAGCUGAGCCAGCUACAACCUGUGUGUUAGUCUUGCAACCUGUGAAGAGUGAGUCAACAACACCAAACCUGUGUUGGUUCUGGUAACGGGUCUUAAAUGCCCAAUGCAGCCGUUUUUAUAUCAAAUCAUUUAUGGGUAACAAUAAUGUACCUUACUGUGAUGGUUUUCUAUUCAAAUGAUCAAAAUUGUUUUUUGUUGCUUUUAAGCUUUUUAAGCGUUAAACGUUUUAACAAGCAAGAUUUGUGGUCCGAGUGGGGAGGAGAAAAGGGAAAACUAGUUGUUAUUGUUAGAGAGGUUUGGAACUCUUUGUUAUUAAUCUAUUAACUAAUUUACCACCUGGUGAUGUCACCAGGCAUGGUGAAACUUCACCAUGCAAACCCUGCUGUUUAGAAGGUCCUAUGUAGAAUGUAUUUUCAACCAGGAAAUAAUACUGAUCAAAUCUUGUUAGUUUCAUCAGCUGUUGUACAAUAUGAUGCAAAACACAGAAAACUUAAUUUUGACUGCACAGGGCCUUUAAGAUACAAUUCAGCAUUGGGAUUGUGGGAAGUGUUAACUAAGUAGCUAGCUUUGUUUAUUCAAGACCUCUGUGAACAGUGAAUGAGAAUAGCUGUGUAAAAAGCUUUUUUUGUUUUGGUUAACUGGGCUGCCUGUCUUAACAGUCCCUGCACAAGCUUGAGAAGAAACCAGUAUGAAUGACAAGAAAAAGUAUGUAAUAUUUCCCUCACAUCAUGUCUGAAACAAAAGUAUGAGGUUUCAGCAGCCGUUAGCAAGUAGAGACAAGUCUACUCAAAAAACAGCAAUUGGGAAAUACUUGUACAAGUGUAAGAGUGAGAAUUGGAGUUGAUGAUCAUUUAUAGACCUGUCUGUCACGUAAACUAAUUGAGAUGGUGGUGGCUUCUAGAUAAAGACAUGUUUAACACAGCGCCUGUGUGCUGUCUCUGUCUGGCCUUAAUGUCCACUAGUUUCCUUUUCACCUCAUUUAACACAUGAUUUACUUAACAAAAGGCACAUCUCAAUAGGUGGUCCAGGUACAGUGCCUUGCGAAAGUAUUCGGCCCCCUUGAACUUUGCGACCUUUUGCCACAUUUCAGGCUUCAAACAUAAAGAUAUAAAACUGUAUUUUUUUGUGAAGAAUCAACAACAAGUGGGACACAAUCAUGAAGUGGAACGACAUUUAUUGGAUAUUUCAAACUUUUUUAACAAAUCAAAAACGGAAAAAUUGGGUGUGCAAAAUUAUUCAGCCCCUUUACUUUCAGUGCAGCAAACUCUCUCCAGAAGUUCAGUGAGGAUCUCUGAAUGAUCCAAUGUUGACCUAAAUUACUAAUGAUGAUAAAUACAAUCCACCUGUGUGUAAUCAAGUCUCCGUAUAAAUGCACCUGCACUGUGAUAGUCUCAGAGGUCCGUUAAAAGCGCAGAUAGCAUCAUGAAGAACAAGGAACACACCAGGCAGGUCCGAGAUACUGUUGUGAAGAAGAGUGGCAAGAAGAAAGCCAUUUCUUAAAGAUAUCCAUAAAAAGUGUCAUUUAAAGUUUGCCACAAGCCACCUGGGAGACACACCAAACAUGUGGAAGAAGGUGCUCUGGUCAGAUGAAACCAAAAUUGAACUUUUUGGCAACAAUGCAAAAUGUUAUGUUUGGCGUAAAAGCAACACAGCUCAUCACCCUGAACACACCAUCCCCACUGUCAAACAUGGUGGUGGCAGCAUCAUGGUUUGGGCCUGCUUUUCUUCAGCAGGGACAGGGAAGAUGGUUAAAAUUGAUGGGAAGAUGGAUGGAGCCAAAUACAGGACCAUUCUGGAAGAAAACCUGAUGGAGUCUGCAAAAGACCUGAGACUGGGACGGAGCUUUGUCUUCCAACAAGACAAUGAUCCAAAACAUAAAGCAAAAUCUACAAUGGAAUGGUUCAAAAAUAAACAUAUCCAGGUGUUAGAAUGGCCAAGUCAAAGUCCAGACCUGAAUCCAAUCGAGAAUCUGUGGAAAGAACUGAAAACUGCUGUUCACAAAUGCUCUCCAUCCAACCUCACUGAGCUCGAGCUGUUUUGCAAGGAGGAAUGGGAAAACAUUUCAGUCUCUCGAUGUGCAAAACUGAUAGAGACAUACCCCAAGCGACUUACAGCUGUAAUCGCAGCAAAAGGUGGCGCUACAAAGUAUUAACUUAAGGGUGCUGAAUAAUUUUGCACACCCAAUUUUUCAGUUUUUGAUUUGUUAAAAAAGUUUGAAAUAUCCAAUAAAUGUCGUUCCACUUCAUGAUUGUGUCCCACUUGUUGUUGAUUCUUCACAAAAAAAUACAGUUUUAUAUCUUUAUGUUUGAAGCCUGAAAUGUGGCAAAAGGUCGCAAAGUUCAAGGGGGCCGAAUACUUUCGCAAGGCACUGUAUGACAUGACAUGGAACAAGCAGGGGAAGAGGCAGGUGGUACUUUCCUCUUUUGUUCUCUAUUGUUCCUCAAACAAGGAGGAGUCUGAUGACAUCACAUCUGACCAUCUCCUUGUAUUUGAUUUAUUUAACCUUUAUUCAACUUGGCAGUUAAGAACAGUGGGUUAACUGCCUUGUUCAGGGGCAGAACAACAGAUUUUUACCUUGUCAGCUCGGGGAUUCGAUCUAGCAACCUUUCGGUUACUGGCCCAAUGCUCUAACUACUAGGCUCCCUGCCGCCCUUAACCUGCCACUCCAAAAUCCUUGAAGUUAACUUAAAGUUUGUGGUUGUCUCAAAUACACUAUUUUGCUCAAAACAUAUUUUUUUGAACCCUUUAGUGUAUGUAUUUAUACUUGGGAUAUUUGAACAGGAAAAGUAAAAUCACUGGAGGACGUCUAACUUUCACUUUCCGAACCCUCUAAACUGCCCUUUACUUUGGUGGGAGCAGUGUUUUUGUGCAUUUUGAAUGACCCUGGAACCUAACGAUUAUACAAGUGAAUUAAUGACCUGUAAGUUUACUUUGAGCCCACCACCAAGUUAUGUCUGACCUGUACACACACAUUGAACAUAUGUAUGUAAAUAAUAAACUGUUAUUAAAUCAAA